AUGGCAUCUUCGGUCCCCGGUCCUUAUCCCUUACCAGAGUCCAAAUUCGACUUGUCCACCUACUGGGGUAGAGUUCGUCACUGCUCUGAAAUCGCAGAUCCACUAAUGCUGCUAACCACGGAAAAGCAACUUGAGGGCGCCCGCAAAAUCAUCUCUAGCUUUCGUCACGGCGAGCUGAAGACUACAACUCCGGACUUUUGGGCUGCAAAAAAACAGCUGGACUCGACGGUCCACCCGGACACAGGAGAAACGGUGUUGCUCCCGUUCCGUAUGUCCUGUUGUGUUCUGUCCAACUUGGUAGUCACUGCAGGCAUGCUAACGCCGGGCCUGGGAACCGCUGGAACCAUCUUCUGGCAAUGGGCAAAUCAAUCGCUAAAUGUUGCCAUCAAUUCCGCCAAUGCUAACAAGUCGCACCCAAUGUCCACCAUGCAAUUGGUGACCAACUAUACAAUGGCUGUUUCUGCCUCGUGUGGUGUUGCAGUGGGUCUCAACAAGUUGCUUCCACGUUUGCAGCAUCUUUCUGCCAACACAAAGUUGAUUUUGGGCCGCCUAGUACCAUUCGCCGCUGUAGUCAGUGCCGGUGUCAUUAAUGUGUUCUUGAUGAGAGGUGGUGAAAUCCGCAAAGGUAUUUCCGUUUACGACAAGAACGGCGAUGAGGUUGGAAAGUCCAAGAAAGCUGCUUUCCUGGCCGUUGGAGAAACGGCCUUGAGCAGAGUCAUCAACUGCACACCAAUCAUGGUUUUGCCUCCACUUCUCCUGGUGAGACUUCAAAAAGGAGUUUUAAAGGGCAAAUCACUUGGCGUACAAACCCUAGCUAACUUAGGGCUGAUCUUGGGUACCUCCCUUGCAGCUCUUCCAUUCGCAUUGGCUGUCUUCCCUCAAUAUCAAGGUAUUGAGGUGACCAAGCUAGAAAAGCACCUGGUGGACCAAAAGGACCAAAAGGGUGAGCCCAUUGAAAAAGUCUGGUUCAACAGAGGUAUCUAA